AUGGAGUACAUGAAUCAUAUCUUUAACCCGUAUCUCGACAAGUUUAUUGUGGUCUUCAUUGAUGAUAUUUUGAUCUACUCGAGGAGCAAGCGAGAACAUAAGGAACACCUUCGAUUAGUAUUGGGAAUACUAAGAGAACGACAGCUGUAUGCCAAGCUAUCCAAGUGCGAGUUUUGGUUAGAAUCUGUGCAAUUUUUAGGACACAUGGUGAGUAAGGCAGGAAUAGCAGUCAACCCGGCGAAGGUGGAGGCAGUUAACUCAUGGGAAGAGCCCAAGACAGUCACGGAAGUACGAAGUUUCCUCAGAUUGGCAGGAUAUUACCGAAGAUUCAUCGAAGGAUUCUCCAAGAUCGCGAUGCCACUGACCAAAUUAACGAAGAAGGAUCAGCCUUAUAAAUGGACAACAGAGUGCGAAGAUAGUUUUAAAGAACUCAAGAAAAGGCUAACUACAUCACCGAUUUUGGUAUUGCCCGAUCCCGCGAAGGAAUUUGAAGUGUACUGUGACGCGUCAAAGAUGGGACUAGGAUGCGUACUAAUGCAAGAACGGAAAGUAGUAGCAUACACAUUGAGAGACCCAAGUUUUUAA